GAGAGAGAGAGAGAGAGAGAGAGAGAGAGAGAGAUCUGGUCUUCCCUGCUUCCACAUCCAUCAAGUCCCAACAACUAAAGUCAGAGGGGAGGAAAUCACGAGAGGCCGCGCUGUUUCUCGGCUUUCGCGUGGUUCCACGGGAUUAGACCGUGCCGUACGAGAUCACCGGGCAGACGGAUGUACCGACGGCCGCCUGCUCUAAAGUUGGACACCGAAAACUGAGAAAAACGUUCACUCCUAGUAUCUCAACGAGGGAAGCAGAGGCUAUAGCGCGAGCCCCGCGUAUAGCUGCGUCUGGAGCACCAUGAAGCUCCCGUGCUGGAUAACACUGGCGCUGUUGCUGGCGCAGAGCGCACUGGCUCAGCGUCGUAAAUCUCGGCCGUCGGAUGAGGAGGGUUCUGGUGAUGAGCCGUAUGACGAUGAAGACUUCUACUCUGGUUCUGGAUCUGGCUUGCCAGACAUAGAUGUUAGUCCGACUGGAGCAGGCGUGUCUGUCACUACCGCGGAGCCCCUCCCACUUUCUACAACACAGGCCACUGGCCCCGCCCCCUCUGCUUCUCCAGCUGCAGAGCCCAGUAGCCCACCUCCACCUGAGGUAGAACGAGAAAGCGGUUUGGGACAAGAAGUUGACAGCGACACCCAAUUCGAGAGUGAGAAAAUGUUUGAGGAGAUUGAAGAGGAGGCAACGAAGAGGCCGAAGGAGCAGGAUAGGGAAGCUGAGAAUGUGCAGGAAGUAGAACGUGAACAAGAGAGGUCAAAGGCUACAGUCGCACCUCGCCUUACUGAAGUUCCUGUGGUGGCCGUGGACUCAACCACAGCUAUGGAUGAGAGUACAGUAGCCACUGGUGACUUGGAGGACCCCGACAUCACAGAGGAAGAAGAUAUACGGUUUAUUAUUACAGAAACGACCACAUCAGAACCAUCCAGCACUAUGGACACAACAACAGCUCGCAUCACGACCACCGAGGUUCUACCCACCACCAUUGCGUCCACCACGGCUAAGCCAACCAGGCCACGGCCCACCCCGACCACUCCCAGCACCGUCCCCCUACGACCACGCCGACCACAGACCACACCCAGUAGAGCCGCCCCGACUGAAAGCAGCACACGUUUAGUGAUGAGCUCGACAGUACAGGCACAAACAACAUAUGAGACUGUAAAUAAUGAAGUCGCAGGAGCAGGUCCAAGUGGUGAUUUUGAAAUUGAAAGUCGUCAAGGCAACGAGGUCGACCAAGGCAAAGAGGCCCCAGCAGAGCCCGAUUUGACUGGCAACACAGUAGAUACAGCUGGAAGUUCAGCUGCUCAGCUUCCUCAGAAAAACAUUCUUGAGCGGAAGGAAGUUUUGAUAGCGGUGAUUGUCGGAGGUGUAGUCGGAGCGCUCUUCGCCGCGUUCCUUGUCAUGUUACUCGUCUACCGAAUGAAAAAGAAAGACGAAGGCAGUUACACACUGGAGGAACCCAAACAAGCCACCGUCACCUACCAGAAACCCGACAAGCAGGAAGAAUUCUACGCCUAACAUCUGCGCAUUUAUUCUCCUCCAUUUGUCCAACCUUUUGCCAUCUUUAUCUGCCCCUUCCCCCAACCCUCCGCCCCCCUUGUCUCUCCCUUCCCUUUGAUCCCAUUAUGCCCUCGUUUCUCAUGAGAGUGCCUCUCAUUCCACGGACUUGGACUUUCUUUUCCAAAAAAAGAAAAAAAACUGAAAAAGACCAACGUAGAAAAAAAUAGAAGUGGCUGUGGGCGGGGCUAUUAGUGGGGUGGGCGGAGUCUACACGUACACAAAGAGAACUUUUUUUAAGAACACAUUAUUAUUGAUAUGUUUAGGAUUGUUGUUCUAUGAAGAUCUGAAUCUUUUUUGUAAAGACACUGCGUUUCAAAUGUGUUUCUGCACAAUAUUCCUCUCGGACAGAAAACAUGGGAGCAAAAAUAAAAAUAAAACAGCAUGAAAAUAUUGGGAGGAGAAAAAUAAUUGAGAGGGGGGUCAUUGGGAGGAAAAAUAAAAAGUUUAGGAGUAAAGAGAGCUCUUCUGUCACCAAGGUCAGUGAUCCAACGUAGUUUGGUGCCUUCCAUAUCCCUGGUGCUAGAAACUGAGCUUGAGCAGAGAGUGAUGUGCGUGUCUGUGUUUGUGUGUGUGAUGUAUGUCUAAGGUGCCCCUUGUGACCUCAGCGUAGACACGCAUACACACACACAUACACGAAUGCAGACACACACAGUCUGACUCCCUCUGCUGGCGAAAGCAUGCAGGUCCUGCUGUCUGCAGCAUCGUCGUCUGAUUGGUGCAAGGGAACCCGAAACAUGUACAACGUAGAACACAGCACACAAAAACACUGAAGAUUUGCUGUGAGGGAACGCAUGCAUAGAUUCAGAGGACUAGCCUCUCCUCUGCUCUGUAUAAAGACUUUAGUAAUCAAUAGUAAUAAUCAAUAAUAUAUCAGCAGCUCUGAAUGGAAGGAAAAUGGUGAUCAUAAUAUUCGUAGUGAAGGAUAUUAUCUAUUUAGCUGUGCAGUAAGGUUUUAUCGGUGUAAAUAUCAACUCCACUUUUGGUUUUAUCAUACUAUUGUGCUAAACACGCUAUUGAUAUCCACACAAAUGCAGUGCUAUUGAAAUCUACAUCUUCGAGUUAUUUUUCCGUAACAUUGUGAAGUGUUUCUGUUAAUAUACAUUCCAGAGAAAUGACUGUAUAUCAGCCUAGAGAAAUGUUUUGAGCAGUGCUUUAGCAUUUCACUGAUAAGUUGGUCUCUGGUUUUCGUUUUCAAGGCACGAACUCACAAGGUUUAUCUGUCAGAAUUCACUCUUUAAUACAGAAUUGCACAUUUUCACACAACACAAACAACAUUCUUUUAUUGUAAGCUCUUUAAGAUAAGGUUUUAAUAAGGAAAACUGUUAGAUAGGGUUGAUGGGGAGGACUGGAACAUUAUCGCUGUGGCUAACAGAUGCAAGGCAAACAUUAACUUAAUGGUUCAUGGGAAAUUUAGGGUGUCUAACAUAAAAAAUCUAAGCUGGAAGCCUUUAAUGAAGCAGGAGGUAGCGUUAUUUCUAUUUGUUGUUUUCUAUUUGUUGAAAUGUUGCUUGUGAUACAUUUAUCCAUUAAAAAAACGAAACGACUAGAAAUGCAUGAAUUAGCAAUAACAAGCUAUCAACAACAGAACACGCACGGUGCCACGGGACUGUGGUUGACACGCUUCGAAUGUAUGCGUGAUGUCAUGUUGUAUGAUGUCAGUGGUGCUCACAGCUGUAGCACAUGAUGUAAAAUGAUGAAAUUGUAUUCACACAUCAUUUAAAAUAUAUUAACAUUAUAGUUAUAUUCUGCCAUUUUAUAAAGCUGAGGGUAAAACUGGCAUUGCAUUGGAACGUGACAUCAAAUAACUCUUCCUGCUAUAUCAUAAAUCAUGCAUUUAGAAUGCACGGUAAAGAUUUUUUAUGUAAGAAAACUACCCAUAGGCACACUCAUACAUAAUCAACCAAGCACAUUGAAGACUCCACACUGUUUUCUUUAAUACAUUUUGGGGGAUAGGAGAUGGGGUUGCAUCCAUACGGGGUGGUUGUACUUCAAUCUGAGAUUGUAUUGUCACACCUGUGCAGCUGUACUUAAAUAUCUUAAAUAUUGUAUGCUUAUGUCUUAACAGUCGGAGAGUGUGUAUACUGUAUGUGUGAUGAUGAAUCUGGAAGUUUGUUUCCCUCGCCAGUAGUUCUUCCAGUGUGGGGACAUAUUGUCAUUGUCUCACACUUAAAUUGCUAUAAUACACAAUUGCACAAAUGCAAAGCAUUUUUACCUAGAAUAUCACAGUCUGGGCCUACUAAAUAGGACCUAGGGGAAUUUCUAAGCUGUCACAGCACACCUAUGCUUGAAUUACUAUAGUAACAACUUUUGGAAACUGAGCAAAUCUUGUCCUAUUUUAAAUUCUUAAAGUUUUCUCUCUUAUUAAUGCAGGAUUUAUACUCGGCUGUGUUUAAGACCAAGUCAGGACAAAAUAGUCCUCAGCAUUCACUAUUGUUAAUGAAAAAGAAAAGCUGGAAUAAUGUUCGAAAUGGAUUUCUUAUGCUAAACAUAAUUACAAGCCUAUAAUCAGGUUUUAAGACAUGAUGAUUGUUUAACAAAAAAUUUUUUAAAGCAAAGGACAAAAAAUAGGCUCUUUUCAAGCUGUUGUUAAUGCUGGUGGUUAAAUAUUUCGAAUGCAGUGACGUUCACAGCUGUUACCCCCACGUCUACAAUCUAAUCUUCCCUACUUUCCAACAACUAAUGUGCACCUGUCCACACAGGAUUAUUUGGAGGUCACUGUGUAAACUUUGUGGAUGUCAGUGGAACGUUGAGUUUGCAAUACUGUCUUUUCUACUCAUUUCUACCUGUAAUUUCUCACUCUUUUAAUCAUAGCCAAAUAUGAGGCGGGCCUUUCUGUGUCUGUGUGCCAAUCACAGACCAGCAUGGUCCUGGUCUGAUGGUCGCCCAGCGUUGUUUCAUACAUGCACAUUUUUUAAAGAACUUUUGUUUGUUUUUCCUCAUUGGUUGAUUUGUGUAUAAAGAGAAAAUUCUGUCACUAAUAUGCCACUCUAUUCUAAAUAAAAACUUGAUUGUUAUCUUUGUA